GGUGACUCGAGUGAGUAGAUCGAUCUACGAGUCGUCGAGAUCUCGAGAGCGAAAGCAGCAGGCAGAACCACCUGACUUUAUCCGUUAUUUAGCUGCUGUUUUGCUCCGUCUCCUCUUGAUCUAUCGCCUGAAGUCUGGUGUGUUUGUUGGAGAACAAUGGCCUCUUGAAGCUCUGGUUACCCUCUCUGGUUGUAGCAGUAGACCUGACUAACAUUGAUUUAUGCCUGCCUUGUUUUUGGAGGAUCAAGUGUUUUCUCACCAGUUUUUUUUGUGGUAGUAAAAAUUGUUGUCAAUUUGAAAUUGUGACUUCUAUCUGGUAUGGUGACAGUGGAGCUAAUGCAGCUUAGUCUUCAGCAGCUCCUACCCAGGGAAAUGAGGACCAUUUACUUCACCCGGUUGUCCACUCGUUCGGUUUCGGAGUGCUGAUUUGGAUUUUGCCAAAUCAUCAGUGGCUUCAAUUCUUAGCUGAGCCAGUGCACUUGUUGGCGACACCUGGAUCAAUUAAUUCUCUUCAUAUUUCAACUCUGUGGCUGUGCUGCUGACUGCCGAGGGCGGUGAAAUUAGUCGACAGUUGCAUGUCAGUGGUGUGGUGCACUGGUGCCUUGCGGAGGCGACGGCGUCGUCGCGAGUAUGGCUGACCAGGUUUGGUAUCAUACAGGUCUCACCAGGGUGGCUGCUGAGGACCUUCUUGUGUCCAAUGGGAAAGAUGGAGCGUUCAUGAUUCGAGAUAGUGACAGCUUUAGCAACACACUGGUGUUGUGUCUGAUGUACCAAUCCCGUGUUCAUCACUACCGCAUUUACUUCAGAAAUGCCAAGUAUUCAGUGCAGACUGUGGCAGGUGUCAGUCAAGUGUACUGUGAUACUUUGCAAGAGCUAGUUUCCUACUAUGGCACACCCGGUGCUGGCCUUGUACAUCACUUGCAGUAUCCUAUUCAGAAAGAAGUGGACAAUGAGUCAUCUGAUGACAGCGACACUGAAGAUUCUGCUGGGCCCGUAAUAAAGCGGGAAUUCCCAUGCAUCUCAAUCCUCUCACUCAGUUACCUCCGCUCACUCAGCCAGCUCUGCUAGCUCUGCUACCUCUGCUGGUAGUUUUCAGCCUGUGGGGGAACCGGAUAGCGAUUAUGCUGAUAUUCCUAGCUUUGUACCCACCAAAUCUGCCCGCAACAUCUCUAAAUUCCUGGAACACAACUUCAAGAGUGUCAAAACCAAUGGAGUCGAUGAAGCAUUUGUUGGAAAGGUUAUGUCGUACGUCACUGAUGGGGCACUGAAUGACUUAGAGUUUGUAAUGUCUCGUGCUGAUAAGCCAUACUUGCUGCACAAGCUUAUGAUGGAGUCAGGCGUGAAGCAUUUUCGUAAGUUC